UUAAGUGGACUGCAAGACUAUCAAUAGAAAAAAAUGUAAUCAAUAUACAUGGUUACAUAAUUUUUCAUUUUUUAUUGCAUUACUGUUACAUUAACUUUGGAAGUAAAAAGAAGUUUAUUUAAAUUAAAGAGAAUAAUUUUGAAAUGUAUGAUUAUUUUAAUAUGUCAUGUUUAGAUGAUAAAAGUGCACUUAAAUUAAAUAUUAAAGUAAACAGUGAAAAUUUAUUACCAAUUCCACAAAAAUACAAUGUUGGAUCAUUGAGAGUACCUGAAGAUCCAUCAUGGCCAAAAAUUCCACCACGUAAAUUAGUAGAUGAUGCUGAUGACAUAAUUCAUCCUCCGUGUGUUAUUACAUUAACAGGUACACCUAGGAGAAGUCGUACUACAGUACGCAUACCACAACAUCAAUCAUUCAAAACAAUGGAAAUGAAAGAUUUUAAUUCUUCCGUACAUCAAUUAACACUUAAUACAAUAAAAAGGAAACCUGGUUCUUUAGAUCCUCGUUUUAAACGCGUAACUGCAGUUAAAAAUCAGACUACACCAACAGAAUCUAUAAAACAAUAUAAUACUUCGAAAGAACCACCACAGAGUGCUUCUAUCAUAAAACAAUCACAAUCUCCCUGUGAAAUGAUGAAGAAAACUGCUUCUGGAAAAAACUUAAAUAUCUAUCAGAUAACACAAGAAAGUAUAAAGGAGCCAGAAAAUGAAGAGAUUAAAAAUAAUAAUAGUCAUUUCAUACAAGAACUAAACAGAGAUAAAAGUAAUGUGGAAGAUAACAACAAAUUAGAAUGUAAACUCCAUCUAAUAAAGGAUCAUAAUACAAAUAAUUUUACAAAUAUAAAUAAUACAAGUAAAAUAGAUUCUGUAGACAUCAAAGAAAAUAUUGAUCCCAUUCCAGAAAAAACUAAAAAUAUCAUAGAAAAUGAAAUAUCCAAAGGUGAACAAAUAUCAACCUCUACCUAUAAUGAGAAAUGUAUAUUAGAAACUAAAACAAAGAAUGAUUUAAAAGUGCUAUCAGAAAAUCAAUCAUUACAAUCUUCUAAUGAAUGUGAUGGUCAAAUUUUACUUGUUAUGAAAAAGAAAGUACAUUCUUUACCUAGUCCUAUACCUCAGUAUACAACACAAUGUUACAAUGUACAAGUACCAAUAAUUACAUAUCAAAAUAUACCUCUACAAAUAUCAACUUGUACAUCAGGGGAUGUCAAUAUCUCCCCUUGUAUUACAAAUACUUUACCAAUAACUGACUUAUGUACAACUACACAAUUUAAAAUAAAACAUAAAAAUUCAGAUAUUCAUUCAUUAUCAUUAGAAAAACAAAAUUUGGGCAGUCUACAACAAGAGCAUGAAAUAGUAAAUACUAACAACGUUGAUACUACAGAUACACAAGUUAGACAAAAAGCUCUUAUUUUAGAUAAGAAAAUAGAGGAUAGAACUUCAGAGCAGCCCAUAGUUGAAAAUAAUUAUUAUGAAACUUCUUCUUUACCAAAUAACGAUAAAAUUUAUAUUUCUGUUGAUAAUAAUAAUGAUUUUAAUCGUUCUAACAAUCAUUUGAAAAUUACAUCACAUCAACAGCCAAUAAAAAUUAAUGAUUCAAAUGCUUAUAUAUCUACUAAAGUUCCAAAUUUUAAAAAAUGUACUUUAAAUCAACGACGCAAAAUGAGAUCUGAACAAAAUUUAUUGCAUAAAGAAAAUAUAUAUAUUAAAAAGUUCUUUCAAUCAUCAGAACCUUAUAUUACAUCCAGGCGAAGAAGAAUAAAAGCUAACUUUUCGAAAAAAGCAAGAUUGUACUUUCAAAAAAAAUCUAGAUCUGGUAUAAUAAAUUCUAAUUGUACUUUAUUAUGGCCAGGUUAUCAGAAAACAAACUGUAAACAUGGUCAAAGAUUUCCAAAAGUUGAACAAUAUACAAAAGAAAAAAAUUGCCAUUACUUAAUGCUAAAGAAACCUAUUGAUGAAAGGAAUAAAGAUAUAAAUACGAAUUGCAUUAAGAUGGAAUCUUUAGUUGAAAAUCCUACUGCGUCUUGUGAUGUCUUUUGCCAGCAAAAUGAGGAAAACAAAUAUAAUAGUUUGCAAAGAUCAGAUAAGAAUACUUCUAUUGAUAAUCCUAUAAGAAUAUCUCUUAAAACACAAGAAUUAUUAAAUAAAAGUUAUCUAGAAUACUAUAAUAAUUUAAAACAAAAAACAGGCAACAUAGAAAAUAUACAACAAAAAUAUUUUCAUAAAGUAGCAUUAGAAACUCCUUAUAUUAAAAGAAGAAAAAACAAAUCAUUCUAUAAUAAUAUUUAUAAUGAUGAAGUAAAAUUUAAUCCAGAGAUGCAUACAAUAGAACAAUGUUCAGCUUUGUCAAGUAUAAUUAAUAAAAAUCUGGAUUCCACUUUACAACAUUCAAGUGAUACAACACAAACAAAACAAUUGUAUGUUAAUAGAAAUAUUAGGCAAUCUUUAGAUCCAACAGGAGGCACUCAAAAUAAAACUGUACAAAACAUGGUUUCUAAGAUAGCUACAGAUAUUUAUGAAAAUUCCGUUACAUCAUCUACAUUUAUACACAAAAUUAAACAUAAAAAAGAAAAAUGUAAUGAAAAACGAUUUAUAAAAUUAAAAACCAUUGUAUUUUUUGGUACUAUAAUGUAUGCCUUGGUUGUAUUUUUACCUAUGAUCUAUGAUUAUUUCUUUUAUGAAGAUUAUGAUGACUAUGAGGACUUCACAUAUAUUGAACUCAUAAUAAAUUAUGUAAUUUCAUCCUUUAAAGAGGCCUUCAAUAGUUUCUUCAAUACAUUUUAUAAAAUCUUCUUCCAGCCGCGUGCCUGUAAGAAAUGUAACAGCAUAUCUUAAUCUUGCUAGUGAUUAUUUCAUUAUAUACAAAAUGAAAAGUGAAACGUGUAUUAAAUGAAAAGUAUUUUGAU